GAGUUAUUAAAUUCAGCUCUGGCAACGUCAUGUCCAAGUUGUAAAUAAAUCUUUAAAAGUCGUACAAAAUCUUUUGGCUGUGUUAUAAUUUGUUUUCCUCGCGAAAAUAUUGAAUUUAUGUAAGAGAUGGAUAUAGGUGAACUUCUAUCAUUUAAGCCUGAAGCUACACCAAAACGACCGCAUGAAGAUGACAUUGAAGAUUUAGGAACACCGGAACAACCGAGAAAUCGCCAGGAAGAGAAUCAUAAACGUAUGAAACGUAUAGCUCAAGCCAAAGAAGCGGCGGAAUUUACAAAACAAAGUGAAUUUUCAUCGACAGAAGCUAUAAGCGGUGUUGCUGCUUCACUUUUAGAUCCGGAAUUAACUGAGGAACAGCGUUUAAAUAUUUUAAAAUAUGUUGAAAGUGAAGAGGCUGAGGGGGAAGUAUUAGAUGAACAAGGCUUAAAGAAAUUACUUUUAGUGUUUGAGAAAAAGAAUUUAAAAAAUCAAGAACUACGAAUUAAAUAUCCAGAUAAUCCAGGAAAAUUUAUGGAUUCUGAAUUAGAGUUACACGAUAUGAUACAAGAAUUGAAAGCCGUAGCUGCUGUUCCCGAUUUAUAUCCUACAUUAGUUGAAUUAAAUGGUAUACCAAGUAUUUUGGAAUUAUUAUCGCAUCCCAAUACGGAUGUAGCAGUGGCCAUAGUAGACUUAUUGCAAGAAAUAACGGAUGUGGACAUAUUAAACGAAAGCUCCGAAGGUGCUAUUAUUUUAAUAGACGCAUUGAGAAAGCAACAAAUUUGUGCUUUAUUGGUUCAAAACAUGGAAAGAUUGAAUGAACAGAUAAGAGAAGAAGCCGAUGGUGUCCAUAAUACUUUAGCUAUUGUCGAGAACCUUACGGAGAUUAAUACCGCUAUUGCUUAUGAAGCCGCUCAGCAGGGUCUUAUGACCUGGUUGCUAAAACGUUUAAAGCAGAAACCUCCUUACGAUGCCAAUAAAUUAUACUGCAGUGAAAUUUUGUCAAUUCUCAUACAAAACAAUAACGACAAUCGUUUACUGCUAGGAGAGUUAGACGGAAUUGAUAUAUUGCUACAACAAUUGGCCAUUUAUAAGCGCCAUGAUCCAAUUACCACGGAAGAGCAAGAAUAUAUGGAAAAUAUGUUCAAUUGUCUAUGCUCUGCUUUAAUGGCCAAAGAGAAUCGCGAAAGAUUUCUUAAAGGAGAAGGAUUGCAAUUAAUGAAUUUAAUGCUACGCGAGAAGAAAAUGUCCCGCAACGGUUCGUUGAAAGUUUUAGAUCAUUCCAUGUCGGGACAAGACGGUCGAGAAAAUUGUAAUAAGUUUGUUGAUAUAUUGGGUUUACGUACGAUUUUCCCAUUGUUUAUGAAAACUCCAAAACGUAAUAAAAAACGUUUACUAUCCGCCGAUGCGCACGAAGAACAUGUAUGUUCAGUGAUAGCAUCAAUGUUAAGGAAUUGUAAGGGUUCUCAACGGCAAAGGCUGUUAUCCAAAUUCACGGAAAACGACCACGAAAAAGUUGAUCGUCUGUUGGAAUUACAUUUGAAGUAUUUGGAUAAACUUGAAAUAAUCGAUCGUGAAAUUAACCAACAAUCGAGGACUUCUAACGUUGGUGAAGAUGACGAAGCAGAGAAUAAUUACUUAAAACGAUUGACUGGCGGUUUAUUUAGUUUGCAAAUGAUUGAUUACAUUAUUCUAGAAGUGAGUGCCACCUCAGAAUCCAUUAAGCAACGCGUCGUUCAAAUACUUAAUCUACGUGGUGCCUCUAUGAAAUCUAUACGCAACGUGAUGAGAGAAUAUGCUGAAAAUUUGGGCGAUGACGGAGAUUCUGAUUGGAAAGAACAAGAGCAGGCACAUAUUUUGUCUUUGGUCGAUCGUUUUUAGUCCAACAGCGAUUUUGAAAAGCAAUAAAUUUGAUUUGAAUGAAUUCGGAAGCAAUUUGAUUUUGACUUACGCUAUCAUUUUUCUAUUUGACUAAACGAACAUUCGUAAGAUUACGUCCUAAUUUCGGAUUUCGCAAAAAUCGAUUCUAUCUUUCAACUUCUAAAAUAUUUCCGAAUAACCAUUGUGGGCCAUAAGGAUUUAUUGAACUACUUAAACUUACGAUCCCGUAUUACGUUAACAAAUUAGAUAACUUGCUAGUGAAUGCACAAUGGU